AUGAAUUGCAAGGCGGUAACCAUCAGUUUAUUGUUACUACUAUUUUUAACAAGAGUAUAUAUUCAACCGACAUUUUCGCUAAUUUCAGAUUGCGAUGAAACAUUCAAUUAUUGGGAACCACUGAAUUUAUUGGUUCGUGGGUUUGGUAAACAAACCUGGGAAUAUUCUCCCGAAUACUCUAUUAGAUCAUGGGCAUUCCUUUUACCUUUUUACAGUAUUCUUUAUCCCAUAAAUAAGUUCACUAAUUUGGAGAGCCACUGGAACUUUUUCAUUACAAGAGCAUGUUUAGGCUUUUUCAGUUUCAUUAUGGAAUUCAAAUUACAUCGUGAAAUCGCAGGCACGUUGGCGUUGCAGAUUGCAAAUAUUUGGAUUAUUUUCCAAUUGUUCAAUCCGGGCUGGUUCCAUGCAUCUGUUGAGUUGUUACCAUCUGCUGUUGCCAUGUUGUUAUACGUAGGUGCUACGACACACUCUUUGCGCUAUCUAUCCACUGGAUCCACUUCAAAUUUUACAAAGAGUUUAGCAUACAACUUCCUAGCUAGUAUACUUGGUUGGCCAUUUGUUUUAGUUCUGAGUGUGCCAUUAUGCUUGCACUACCUUUUCAAUCAUAGGAUAAUUUCUACCAUUAGAACCGCAUUCGAUUGCUGUCUAAUAUUUUCAUUGACUGCAUUUGCUGUCGUUGCUACUGAUAGUAUAUUUUAUGGAAAACUUGCUCCGGUGUCAUGGAAUAUCUUAUUCUAUAAUGUCAUCAAUGCAAAUGAAGAGACUGGUCCAAAUAUUUUCGGCGUUGAACCAUGGUACUACUAUCCACUAAACUUGGCUCUAAAUUUCCCAUUGCCUGUCUUGAUUUUGGCCGGUUUGGGAGUUUUCCAUUUGAGACUAUGGCCAUUAUGGGCUUCUUUGUUCACGUGGAUUGCAAUAUUUAUUCAACAACCUCACAAAGAGGAAAGGUUUCUUUAUCCAAUUUACGGCUUGAUCACCUUAAGUGCAAGUAUAGCGUUUUACAAAGUUUUAAGUCUAUUCAACAAAAGGCCGCUUUUGAAAAAGGGAAUAAAACUAUCAGUUUUAUUGAUUGUUGCUAUUCAGGCGAUGUCACGCAUAGUUGCUUUAGUUAACAAUUACACAGCUCCAAUAGCCGUUUAUGAACAAUUUUCUACUCUCAAUCAAGGCAACGUGAAGGGACCGGUGGUGAAUGUGUGUACUGGUCGUGAAUGGUAUCACUUCCCAAAUUCUUUUCUGUUGCCCAAUAAUCACAGACUAAGAUUCGUCAAAUCUGGGUUCGAUGGUCUUCUGCCCGGAGAUUUUCCAGAAAAUGGCUCCAUCUUCAAAAAGAUUAGAACCACGCCUAAGGGAAUGAAUAACAAAAACAUAUAUGAUUCUGGCAAGGAGUGGCCAAUUUCUAAAUGUGAUUAUUUCAUUGACAUUGUGGCCCCAAUAGAUUUGACAAAAGACGUUUUCAACCCAUUGCACCUCAUGGACAACUGGAAUAAACUGGCAUGUGCUGCAUUCAUCGACGCUGAAAAUUCUAAAAUUUUGGGCAGAGCAUUUUAUGUACCAGAAUUAAUCAACCAAAUUAUGCAAACAGUUUUACCGGAACAAUGGAAGCAAGUGUAUGGUGUUCGUUACAUUAAUUACUGUUUGUUUGAAAAGCCAACUGAGUCCACCAAUUGA